ACUCCACACAACACCGAAGCAAUAAAUCUUACAGAACUAAGUUCUUAUUACUAACAUCACAUUAAUCUCAUCUCAUUUCUUCCCCUUAUUCAACAACAACAACAACAACAACAAAACUUGUCAAUCACCGCCAUACACGUGUACGGUGAUUGACAUGGAUACUCCUCUUCUCUACGGCACGGCGGAGUCGUCAUCGUUAAUAUUGGAGGAACACGGCGGUGACUACGUGGAAGUGAAAGGAUUUCAACAAGCGAAGAAAGUUUUCGCGAUUGAAACAGUUAGAAUAUGGAAAAUUGCGUUGCCGAUAGUUUUUAACAUUUUGUGUCAAUACGGUGUUAAUUCUAUCACCAACAUUUUCGUUGGUCAUCUCGGUGACAUUGAACUCUCUGCUGUUUCUCUCAUUAAUUCUGUCAUUGGCACUUUCGCUUUUGGUUUCAUGCUAGGUAUGGGGAGUGCAACUGAGACGCUCUGCGGUCAAGCUUUUGGAGCUGGACAGGUUCAUAUGCUUGGUGUUUAUAUGCAACGGUCAUGGAUAAUUUUAUUGGUGACAAGUAUUCUUCUAUUGCCAAUAUAUAUUUUUGCUGCUCCAAUUUUGAAACUACUUGGCCAACAGAAAGAUAUGGCUGAUCUUGCUGGAAGUUUCGCACUUUUAGUAAUUCCUCAAUUUCUCUCACUUGCCUUCAAUUUUCCAACCCAAAAGUUCCUUCAGGCUCAAAGUAAGGUUAAUGUCAUUGCAUGGAUUGGGUUAGUGGCUCUAAUUUUGCAUAUUGGGCUGCUUUGGCUCUUGAUUUAUGUAUUAGAUUUAGGCUUAACCGGUGCAGCGAUUGCAUUCGAUGUCACGAGUUGGGGAAUUACGUUGGCUCAACUUGUUUAUGUGGUGGGUUGGUGUAAGGAUGGAUGGAAUGGAUUGUCGUGGUUGGCUCUUAAGGAUAUAUGGUCCUUUGUUAGGCUAUCCAUUGCGUCUGCUGUUAUGCUUUGCCUUGAAGUUUGGUAUAUGAUGAGCCUCAUAGUUCUUGCCGGCCACCUUGAUAAUGCAAUUAUUGCCGUUGAUUCCAUCUCUAUAUGCAUGAAUUACAAUGGAUGGGAAGGCAUGAUCUUCAUUGGAGUAAAUGCAGCUAUAAGUGUCAGAGUUUCCAACGAACUUGGACUUCGACAUCCAAGAGCUGCCAAAUACUCCGUCUAUGUGACAGUCUUUCAAUCUCUUUUCAUUGGAAUAUUCUUCAUGGGUGUUAUUUUGCUAACUAAGGACUACUUUGCUAUUGUUUUUACCAAUAGCAAGACUUUGCAAGUGGCGGUUGCAAACCUAGGAAACCUCCUUGCGGUGACAAUGGUUUUAAACAGCGUUCAACCGGUGAUUUCAGGUGUUGCUGUUGGAGGCGGGUGGCAGGCCUUGGUGGCUUACAUCAACGUAGGUUGUUAUUACUUGUUUGGGCUUCCACUAGGGUACCUUCUUGGUUACACUGCAGAAUUGGGGGUUAAGGGACUUUGGGGAGGUAUGAUAUGUGGAAUUCUCCUCCAGACCUUGCUGCUGAUGGGGAUACUUUACAAAACCAAUUGGAAUAAAGAGGUGGAUAAUACAACUGCGCGAGUGCAGCAAUGGGGUGGACAAGCCAUAGAAGUUGACAAGACAUUGGCUUCUGCAUAAAGUUGCAUAUAUCUCCCACUUCCGAUUUGUUCUUAGUUUAAUUAGGGAUAAUGGUCUCAAAAGUACUUUUUUGACCAUUUUGCAUUGUAAUGUAGUAGUUGAUUUCUUUCAAUUAGGUACAGGACAUAAUCUGUCUUAUGUGUUGCUGCUGAAAUUGUGAAGACAGAAAAACAUUCAUAUUUUUCAUCUAUCAAUGGAAAAUGCUAACAAGUGCUCUUAAGGCAUUGCUCAAGGAAUAAAAAGUGAUGAUUUUUGCAUAGAAAAUUAUGUAUUUAGUAUUUUGACAAGCAUUUGACUUGUAUUUUCAAGAUAAAAUUUCUUUUUUUAGAUUCCUUAAACAAUGCCACAAGUGCACUUGUUAACCCUUAAUUAUAUAGCA